AUGGGCCUGGGCGAACGGUGCACAAUGGAUGCCUUGGUUGGCGGGAGCAGUGGCGGCAGCAGCAGCACUUCCGAGUGCGUUGAAGCAAACAAUCGGGAGCUUCCCAAGUCGUUUGGACAGCUGAAGAAGCUCAGGUCACUCUACAUCGAUGAUUGCCCAGAGUUAUACGAGCUUCCUGAGUCGUUUUCCAGAUUGCCCAACUUACGCAUUUGCUCGCUCAGCGAUUGCCCAAAAUUGUCAUUCCUUCCACAAGACUUUGGAAACCUGUUUUCCCUCCAAGAGCUUGUCCUGUUUUAUCUGCCUAGUCUCCGUAGACUCCCUGAAUCUUUUCAGGAUCUGAUUCGGUUGAAGCGGCUGCUGUUGGAGGAUUGUGAGCAGCUGGCCCAGCUGCCACCCUCUCUCCACAACCUGCCAAUGCUACAGGAGUGCACGAUCAUUGACUGCCCUUUGAUUUCGAACGGACGGAGAGGAAGUGGAAAGGAGGGAGAUGGGAUGGUUGCUGCUGCUGAGGGAAUCAUGCACUUUGGAAGGGGUGCAGGGAGAGGAAGUGGAUGGGAGGGAGAUGGGAUGGUUGCUGCUGCUGAGGGAAUCAUGCACUUUGGAAGGGGUGCAGGGAGAGGAAGUGGACAGGAGGGAGUUGGGAUGGUUGCUGCUGCUGAGGGAAUCAUGCACUUUGGAAGGGGUGCAGGGAGAGGAAGUGGACAGGAGGGAGAUGGGAUGGUUGCUGCUGCUGAGGGAAUCAUGCACUUUGGAAGGGGUGCAGGGAGAGGAAGUGGACAGGAGGGAGAUGGGAUGGUUGCUGCUGCUGAGGGAAUCAUGGGGGCUUACGUGGCGCUGAGGGCGCUCCGUUACCUGCCGCCGCACCGGUGA